UGACUGGCAGAGAGGGAGAGAGAGGGAGAGAGAGGAAAAUAAGAGCCAUCAGCCCCAUCUAUCCGUCUCUCAUACUACUGGAUAUUAUUAUUUUUUCCGGGGGAUCUCUUUAUUUCCGUCAUCUUGUCAUUUUUUCGCCCCUCUUUUUGUUCUUCGCUCUUUUCUGUCUUGGAGACUUCCCACCGCCGCGACUCGACUGUACUCCGCUGUUUCUACUGCCUUUAUUUCUGCUCUCUUAAUAUUGUUUAUAGCUCCCUCCGGACUCACCGAGCGAUCGACCGACCAACUAACCGACUGACAGCUACUCCUGGAGGAUGAAUUAGACUCGGUCAACAUGGUGCCAUUUUGGAUAUAAAUCCUCCCUCUUUUUUCUUUUUUGUUUCCUUUUUUUUUCUUUCGCACAUUUUCUUGCAUGGGACUGGCGACUAUCAGGUGGACACCCUGAGCGCACACGCGUCACCUGUCCGCGCACCUUUUGAAGGCGCGCCCGUCAAUUAGCGUCACUAAGUGGAUUAUUUUGAUCUUACGGUCUCUUGCAGGUUGCCCCACUCCACUUCCUCCUCCCCUCACCUCCCCCUGUCCUCCUCCUCCUCCUCUUAUUCCCCCCGAGAAGUUAUGUCAAGGCCUCUCACCCAGCUCCUACCACCGGAUCUCCCUGCCGGGGCCACAAGCCCCCAGUUUGGGGCCAGCAACCCGGCUGGAAGUGGCCCCCAAGGUGGACACCUGACCUCUAUGACCAACCUGAAGUCUCUGCUUCAGGUGCCAAUCAAGGCAGACCAGAGAGGCCCCAAGGACUGCUGCGAGAUGAAAGACAAAGACAAGCCCCUGGACUCCGAUGAAGACUCUCUGGGUGUCAGUGCCGGUGGAGCAAAUGGGGUGGGAGGAACCCCGGGCUCCGGCGCACUGCGACCCAACUCACAGUCAGCCUUCCUGGGCCCGCUGCUGUGGGAGAGGACCCUGCCGUGUGAUGGAGGCCUGUUCCAGCUGCAGUACAUGGACCUGGAGGAGUUCCUGACUGAGAAUGGGAUGGGGAUGCACAGCAAUGGGCCCAGCUCUGCUACUGCCCAGAUCCCCUCGCAGAGCUCCCAGUCUGCGGUGCCUAACCAGAGUUCUCAGUGUCCCCCCACUUCUCCUCCACCCUGCUCUUCCUCUUCCUCCUCCAUGUCCUCCUCAUCCUCCUCUUCUUCACUGCUUGGACUGGAGACUGUCCAACCACAACCACAGCCGCCACCACCUCAACAGCAGCAAAGCAUGAUGGGAGGACCUGAGUGUCUACAUGGUGGUCAGGCAGUGCCUCAGGACCCAUCACCCCCCUCUACCUGUCCUCCGGGGCCCCCUGGACCUCCAGCCGGCACCAACGGCAGCAGCGACAUCAUGGUGAACUUUGACCCUGACCCGGCGGACCUAGCGCUGUCCAGCGUGCCAGGCCAGGAGGCGUUUGACCCACGGCGGCACCGCUUCACUGAGGACGAGCUGAAACCUCAGCCGAUGAUCAAGAAGGCCCGCAAGAUGCUGGUUCCUGACGAGCAGAAGGAUGAGAAGUACUGGAGCCGGCGAGUGAAAAACAACGAGGCGGCGAAGCGCUCGCGGGACGCCCGGCGACUGAAGGAGAACCAGAUCUCAGUGCGCGCGGCCUUCCUGGAGCGAGAGAACGCCGCCCUUCGCCAGGAGGUGGCCGACAUGAGGAAAGAGCUGGGCCGCUGCAGGAACAUCAUCAACAAGUACGAGAGCCGGCACGGAGACUUGUGAGGAGACGGACGGAGGCGGAAAGGACGGGAGGGGAAUCGGAGAUGAGACAAGGCUACAAGGCAACCCAGCAACAGCAGCACUUUAGUUGAAGUGGCGAGUCGGGGGUGGGGGGAGGCUGACGUAGAUCUGCAGUAAGCACCGUGCGACACCGGGCGCAAACGCCACAAGCGUCUUUUAGCGCGCGUGCUGUGCUUCAGGAUGUCAUGACAGGAAAGCACAGCGGCGCCACAGUUUAUUUUCCGAGUUUGACUCUGUUUGUAGAUGCUGCUUUGCUGAAUCCACACACCGUACUGUAUCACCACCUCGUGACACCUCGGCAGCUUUACCCUUGGUGCUGUGCUUACGCCCGGUGCCGCAUGGCGUUUUUGCAGGUAGUGCGUUUCCAUCCGCCGCUCUGGCCAGUUCAAACAGGGUGUUGAAUUCACAAUAUGCCAGUGAAAUCUCACUUUUUAAGCUCAAGGCAUGGACACAAGCCAGAAGAGGUCAGAUGUGUAAUUUUUGGUUUUCUAUAAAUAGGAAAAAAAGAAAACAUGUAUAUUUUUGAACUGGGCAGCAAAGCAAGACUAGUCCAGCAAAGAGGAGGACGGGGGGGGGGAGGAAGAAGAGCAGGGCUUUCGUCAAUAACGCAAAGAGAUUUUGACAUAGGAUUAUUGUAUAUUUUUCUAUUAGCAGAGGUAUUUAGGAGGAGGAUUUUGGAGAUAAUCUUUUGUAUAUUUUAUAUAUGGGGCGGGAGGGGCUGUUAGCUGGACAGUCACGGGGCCACAUAAAGCGCUUUUCCUCCCAGCUGUUUAUUGCUAAACAACAAAUAAUCUAUUUUCAAAUUUACAGAGCUGGUUAGUCAGAGGAACAGGUGUAACAGAGAAUGUAUCACGGUCGAAUCAGGUAUUUCACACAGCGUGAGACAAGGCGAGGUAUUUUGGACUGUUUUCGGCGCUGAAGGGGGGAGGAGGAGGGUGGGCGGAGGCAGGAAGAAGGCGAAACAACAAAAAAUUGUAUAGUUUAAAGAAAAUCUUUGUGUUUGUUUGUUUUCUCUGUGAGCUCGUUCAAGCACUUGAGUUUUUAUCUUCUAUUUGAUUCCGUGUCUGAUUCUGACAUAAAUCGAGGGGCUUUUUUUUUUUUUUUUUGAAGCUGAAGGAGGAAAUAAUAAUUAGCCAUCCGAACAGCUGGAUGUGAGCAGAUGUGCGAGGAUAAGUAAAAGGAGAGAUUUUCGCUGGCGGGUUUGCGUUUUAUUUCGGUGAAUGUGUCUUGCUCACAUGUAAACGCACACACACUGACACACACUUUUAACCAUCGCGCAACAUGAUUGCUUUCGGUUUCUUUACUCAUCAAUCAUGUCUAGGUGCAAAAAUUGAAUACUAACUGGUUUAAGGUUGAUCUGCCCAGAUCGAACAGUGACUGAAACCUUCAGCAUGCACACACACACACACAGACACACACACACACACACACACACACACACGCACAGUCCUCACCAAGGUUUUAACCCUUAUUGUUGUUGUUGUUGAUGUUGUUAAGGACUUUUAUGGUGCUGAUCUAAUCUGAUCCUCGACCUGACACGCACACACACACACACACACACACACACACACACACACACACACAUAUAUAUAUAUAUACACACACAAAUUAUAGUCACACACAUAUGCACACACACCUUCUCAAACACAGUACUGAACUGCCUAUACCCUUUCUUUGUCUUUAUUCCUUAUUCUUUAUUUUUUCUCUCUUUUUGUUGCAUAUUGUAUUGAUGAAUCAUAUAUUUAGAUUUUCACACACAUACUUGUCUAUACCUCUCCUUCAAACUUUACCCAAUGAGAAAGAGAAAUGCACCCUACUGCUACUGUACCAUACAACUGUACUAUUGACUAUUAAACUAUUCUCUCACUAGAUAUAUAUGUGUAUAUGAUAUAUGCUUGAAUUAUGUGAUUAUAGUUGUAAUAUACAUAAUUGAAUAUAUUUCAGAGAAAACCCAUUGGAAUCAUUUUGUCAGUUUUUUCUCAGGUGUUGUCUGAGGUAUUAAAUAUGCAUAUUAAAAAAAGAAACACUAAAAAAUCUUUGAUCCGAUCACAGGAUUUGUGGAUUGGUUUGUUUUAUUUCAUUUUAUUUUAUUUUUGGUUGUAUUUUACGUUUGCUGUAUGAAUUUAUUGUUAUGAUUCCGUUUGAGCCCGUUUUUGUUACUAAGUCACCAGCAUGGGAUAGAAACUCCACAGACUAACUGUAGUUGGCUAAGCCUCGCUCCCCCCCAGUUGCUGUUGCUAUGCCUGUCACACUUUGCAUUGUACAGUAAAAUUUACCCGAGGGGGUUUUGCAUAAAACCUUCUGGUUUCAGACAGUUAUUUUGACACCACCCUCUAACUAAAUAUGAGAGGUCCAUAACUGUAAGUGGUAGAAACUCCAGCCAAAUCCAAAAAGAACUGCUUCAAAAGGUUGGUGGCUACGACCCAAAAUAGGGUUUAAAACACUAUUUUUCUUCCACAGUCAUAGACGGUAUAAAAGAGUAACGUAGCUACUCAGAUAUUACCAAUAUAUACUGGUGUGUGAAGCCUCCUGAUGAGUGUUUUCGCUAUCACCAUCUUGGUGUUUUGUAACCAGGUGUGAUGAGAAGAUGCUGAUCUCAGUCUAAAAUUGCCGGUCAGUCACAAGCCAGUAGCCAAUGAGUGUGCCCCAUGUAGUCAUUUCAAAAACACAUUGUGAUUAAAAUUAACAGAUUUAAAUAAAUAUUUUAUUUGCUAUAAGUCAAAAUGAAUGGUUGAGCCUGUAAUCUCAUCAGGAGAGUGGUAAACUUCAGAGAGAUGUUUUCAUGUAGACUUUAAUAGGACUAAAGCUAUUGCCAUCUAGUGGCCUUUAGGUAGAAUGCAGGAUUUUGGAUAAUUCUGCAUUAGCUUACUUUUUCCAACGUGGAAGCUAAGUCCAUCUUUUAUACUGCCUAUGCACACAGCAAAGUUCUGAAACUGUGUGUCGAAUGCCAUUUGAUUAAAUUUAAUACAUUUUUGAAUGCCAUGUUUCCUCCCUGUAAAAUUAAAGCAGAAAAACUUAAAUUCUGGGAGAUUUAUUGGCUGUAGCUAACAUCAGCCUAGCUAACAGCUUGUUAACAGUAAAACAAAGCUGAAAUGAAACUGGUACUUCUGGAAACUUCUUUUUCAGGGGUAAGAAAACCUAAAUUCCCAGUCUGACAGUUUUAACUAUAAAAUAGGCAAAACUAACUGAAACUAAAAACAAUACAAAUUUACCCGAGUGCAGGCCUGUGACAUUAGCUGAUUUAAUGUUCGCCUCCUACUAUACAAAAGGAGAGCCAAAAUAUCAUAUUGUGCUGAUGAUGAUGACCUGGGGUGCAGAAACCAGAGGGCUGUACUAUGAAGCAAGAUUAAUGGCUUAAUGAGCUGUGUCCAUGUUAAACUCUGUGUAUUGAAAGUGGCUCUCUUUUUACCUGGCUGAAUCGCUGUGGUAACAUGUCAUAUGUUUUCGGUUAAAAUCGACUGUAAACUCUACAUUUUCACAGAUUCUUUCAUUUGCAGCAUCUUUUAAGUAAAAUAUACUUUCUCUAGAUACAUUUUAUAUGUGCAAGCUAUCAAGCUGUUGUACAUCACUAAAAUGAAGUGCAAUCUCUACAUUGCAUUUUCACAGGUGUAUGUGCCUGUAUUUAUUUAGUGAUGGAGGAAAGGUAUCAAUGUUGUAAUACUGGAAUGUGUCCAGUUAAAAGUUUCAGCCAUCAACUUAAAAAUAGACAACAGCGCCGAACGCACACUCAGCAUUAAAAUAAUUAACUUGAAUUAAAAUGGUUUUCCUUAUCUAUGAGCUAAAUGCCAAGAUUAAGGAUUUUUAGCAGGAGUAUAUUCUCGUCUUAUUUGUAAAAAACUUAUAUUUUACUGUUAUAGUUUAAAAUUUUCUAUAGAAUUUUAUCACCAUUUUCUCAUCAUCUGAUGACAUCUGAUCAGAGUAGACAGGACUCAUAAGGGAUCAUUUUGUGCAGAAGAAAAAUCAUGUGACCUACAAAAUGCCCAUUUUGAGCCUGGAGCAGGAAGUCGAUAACCUUAUUGUGAUGGCUGUUAUCUCCGCGUGAAGCUUUAGGUUUUGCUGAGCCAGAUAAUGCAACAAACCGUGGAUGUGUUGAACUCUAGUUCCUAGUUCCUCCCUCCUGUUUAGCCCAAAUAUGAGCACACACCCCUUGAAAUUCAUAUAGCCCAGCCAGUCUGGACUAUUUUAGUGUGUGCUUUUUUUCUCUUAAAAAACCCCAUAGCAUCUGCUAAUUUCCUCCAUAUUUAAUUCCUUAAAGACGCUUAAAAACUCUUCAAAUGUUUGUUUCAUUAUAUUAAGAACUCAAAAAUUUGACAGGCUGAAUGCGCUACAGGUGCUAGGCUGUGAUUGGACAGUCACUGAAUGGGGGAGGGGCUUAGCUGACUGUUAUAUAGAACUGUUUUAAUUUGCAGAGAGCACUUAAACCUUAGCUCUUGUUACCUGCUAUACAGUCACACUUGCAAGUAUUAUGAUUGUUCUUGAUAUUUCUUUUGUUGUUUUAUGCAACAGCUUGUUUUCUUCAGGUGAUUUUAGUCUGAUAUAACUAUAUUUUCAUUCCCAAGGCCAACUUUCACAUUUCCCAUGAGCCUGUUUGCUGCUGGCCUCAUCCACAGAGACUUAAUCGAGCCACAGGUGCAUAAUGGGAGUUGUAGGUCUAGCUUUGAUAUACAGUAUGUACUGUAUGUUUUCCUUUCCCUUGUCUCCUUUUUCGGGGGGAACAUGUUUAAACCUGAGACACAAACUUUUGUAUUUAGAUCCCUGGAAGAAACUCAGAGCUUCUUACACUUCCAUCAGUUGUUGGAAGAAGGAAGUCAUCUUUUUUUCUUUUGAUAUCUUGGAUUUGGGGAUUUCUUCACAGACCUUUCUGAAACUUUUUGACAGUGCUAUUUUUCUAUGUAACUGUGUUGUUUUGCGUGGUACAACUUUUUCUGGCGGGUGUUUGAGGCCUGCUCUUCAUGUGGCAGCAGUGACAGUCUGCUGCUGUGCGAUAAAACGGCAUUGCGGGUAAUAAUGACAACAAUAACGAUGAUGAUAACAAUAAUGUACACAGCCUUGUUAUUUCUUCUUCAACUUUGUGGAUUCUCAGCUAACUUCCUCUUGUUGUGACUGACUGUUAUAAACUGCAAGUCCCAUGAGCUCGACACUACCCCGGCUCCUCACCAGUAUUGUGUGCUGUCCACAGGGAUGAUGGCAUAUGUGGUCUUUUUUCCCCUCCAAACACCAAUAAAGGCUAAUCCUUAUUCACCAA